AUGCUGCAGGCUGUCUCAUCUGUCCAUGAUGUUCAACAUGUCCGCUCAACGCAAAGUGACAUAGCAAACCUCACGGCCUCGUUCCAUGACUCCAAGGUUCAUCUACUCUUGGCAGCUUCUGGCUCCGUGGCCACCAUCAAGCUGCCAUUGAUCAUCCAAGCUCUCUCCCAUCAUCCCAAUCUCAGCAUUCGUGUCCUGCUGACCCCUUCUGCUCGCCGCUUCCUUGCUGGCCAGUCCGCGGAGCAGCCCACGGUGUCUAGCCUCUAUGACCACUCGUGCGUGGAUGCCGUGUACUUUGACGAGGAUGAGUGGAAGGAGCCCUGGAAGAGGGGCAACAGCAUUUUGCACAUUGAGCUCCGCCGCUGGGCCGACAUGCUAGUCAUUGCGCCCCUGAGCGCAAACACCAUGGCCAAGAUCGUCUGGGGCAUGGCCGACGGCAUCAUUACCAGCGUCGUCCGGGCCUGGGACGCCCGCGGCGAGCUGGACUCUGACGUCGGUCGGGACCUGCCCGUCGGAGCUGGUGCUGCUGCUGCUGCAACAACGGCCAAUGGGGCGGCAUCGCGGUCCCAGCAAACUGGCCGACAUGGAAAAAUCAAGCGCAUCAUUGUGGCCCCUGCCAUGAAUACCGCCAUGUGGCGCCACCCAGUCACGGAAUCGCAGAUCAAGGUCCUGAGCGAGGACUGGGGCGUCGGAAAACAAGGCAAGGGAGCCGGCUGGUUCGAAGUAUUGCCACCGCAGCAAAAGACGCUGGCCUGUGGCGAUAUUGGAGAUGGUGCCAUGAUGGAGUGGUCGGAAAUUGUCAAGGUGAUCGAGGACAGGCUUGGUUUGAAGCAAACAUAG